AUGAUAUUGGAAGCUGCCGCCAGUGCAGUAGGCAAGAAAAAGAAAUUAAAAGCUCACAUAUUUGAAAGGAAAAGAAGUGCGAGGCACUCCUUCGGUGGCCCGAGAAGCUUGGAUGGCUGGUGGGACUGGAGCCUGACCACGAUGCUGGAAGGCCUGUACUGGGGAGGCCUCUCCACAGCCAGCAUGCCAGGUGCUCAGGAGGGCCCCAGAGCUCUUGGAGGAAGGCACCACCUCCUAGGCCAUUUGGUCAUUAAACAGCUGAAAGGUACUCCUGACAGUGUAUGUGAGGCAAGGUGCUCCCUUUUUCUUCUUAUUUCUAAAAAUACAUUAAGAGGGAGCAGAGGGCCCUGUGUCAGGACAGCGUAUGUGCCCAUGUGCAGCCAGGCUUGGAAACCCCCAGGUGCAAGGCCGACUUUGAAAUGUGCAUCUGAUUCUUCUGAUUGGUGGUUUCGUCCUCAUCUUCCCAGCGCAUUUUCAGAGCUUGUGGAAGACUCUUUCCCUACGUGUGGCCCCAAAGAUGGAGGCCCUGAAACCCCCUCUGUGAUAGACCCAGAGAUCCAAAGAGUGGCCCCAGGUGGCCCCAGGGGCUCCCAGGAGGAGAGCUCAGCCUGGGCAGCACAAGGUCAGUGUGAUUCAGAGGGUCAGCUUCGUCCACACUUGUCCACUCUAGUACGGCUGCCUGGAUGCAGCAGGUCUGCACUGAGAGCAGCUUGCCAGGGCCAGAACAAGGUGGUUAUUACUGUGCCUGCUGCACGUGCAGCCCUGACCGGCCCCAGGGCCAGUGGUUGGAUUGACCACAGCACCAGGGCUGUGUCCAUGCACUUUACCCUCUACAACCCUCCAACCCAGCUCUUCUCAAGCGUGUCCCUGAGCGCUGAGAUGCUCUCCACUGGGGGUCUCACCCUCUCCUCCCUGCUGGAGUCAGUCACCAUCUUCUGCAGUGACUCAGCCCCACUGUACCACAUCCUGCUUCCAGAGGUGAGUUCAUUGGGCACUUGGACCACUCAUGGAACACAGGAGCUUCACCCAGGGCUGGGCACCCUCCUCCAUCCAGGCCUCAUGCCUUAUCCGCAGCUGGAUCUUAGCUCAGGCUGCCAUAAUGAAAUACCGUACUCUGGGGGACUUAAACGGCAAACACUGAUUUUCCACAGUUUUGGAGGCUGGAAGUCUGAGAUGGAGGUGAUGGCGUGGUCGGGUGCUGGUGAGAGCUCCCUUCCUGGCUUGUAGACAGCCGCCUUACUGUGUCCUCACGUGGUGGCUAGAGGGAUCUCUGGUGUGUCUGGUAUCUCUUCCUCUUCUUAUAAGAACCCUAAUUCCAUCGUUGGGACCUCACCCUUGUGAACGCAUUUAACCUUAGUUACUUCCUGAGAGGGCCCAUCUCCAAAAACAGCCACACUGAAGGUUAGGGCUUCAACAUAUGAGCUGGCAGGGGGCAGGGGGUGAAGGAGCACACGCCUUUAAUGCAAUGGGUCUUGGUAAGAUGGAAUGUAUUCCUGUAGUUUCCUUGAGCAAUGGAAAGUACCAGAAAUCAUUCUGAACUUUUCCUCAGGAACUUUGCUGCCUUUUGCCUGUAUUUCACUUUUCUGCUGUGAAGAUCUCAGACCAGCUGACACUCCAGGUCAAGCAUGCUUUGCCUUGGGAGUGAAGAGAGGAAAUGCUGUGAGGUUUUAGACUCUAGAGACAGUUGAAUGACACAGUCCAUGUUGGGGUUGUGAAUGGAGUCUCAGAGCUGUGCCUGUGUGUGAGCACAAAGGGAAGUGAAGGACGGGAGAAUGGGCUGCUCCCAGGUGCUACACUCACCUCGGGUACCAAAAACUGUCCUCAAGAUAAGUAAUAUUCUAGUGCAAAAUAAAAAAUCAAAAUUCAUACCAAAAAAUUCGUGAUGGACAAAACAUCAAAAUUUUAAACAAAGACAGGGUCAGUGCUACUGGUUUUUCCUUCUGUCCCAGACUCCAGUGUGGCUUGGCACACAGUGGUGCUAUCCAAUACCUCACAUUAACCACCCAAAAUGAACUUUUCUCUGAUGACAUUUGCAGCUUCUGAUAGUGGGCCCACGGGGCACAGUGCAUAUGACUCCAAAAGAAGAUGGAAAGGAAUGUGUAAGGCCCCUCCUGGUGGGCUUCCCUGGUGGCACAGUGGUUAAGAAUCCGCCUGCCAAUGCAGGGAACAUGGGUUCAAGCCCUGGUCCGGGAAGAUCCCACAUGCCGCAGAGCAACUAAGCCUGUGCGCCACAACUACUGAGCCCAUGUGCCACAACUACUGAGCCCAUGUGCCACAACUACUGAGUCCCUGUGCCAAAACUACUGAAGCCCAUGCGCCUAGAGCCCAUGCUCUGCAACAAGAGAAGUCACCGCAAUGAGAAGCCCGUGCACCGCAACGAAGAGUAGCCCCCACUCACUGCAGCUAGAGAAAGUCCGUGCGCAGCAACGAAGACCCUGCUCAGCCAAAAAUAAAUAAAUUAAUUUAAAACACCCACACAUCUGUAAUUAAAAAAAAGGCCCCCCAAAAGUUCAUGACCUAAUCUGAGUUUGGGUGCGUGACCAUCCGAGAGCCACAAAGCACUUUGUGAUGGGCUGGGGGUGUGGAGGCAGGAAGGUGGGGUGUGAGAUUAGUGCUCACCGUGUGGUUGUGGUUCACAGAGUGCUUUCGACACACGCUACCUCAUGUCAGUCUUCUGUGAAGCAGUGAUUACCAUUCUUCUUCCAGUCACGGGGACGUAGUGCCUGAUACGCCGUCGGCCCUCACUGCAUGCUCACUCUUUCUUUGCUUUGAAAUGAAUGUUAGUGUGUGCCAGCACUACUCCCCAGAGGGAGGGAAGGGGGAAUCCCCCAAAAGAGGACCUUUUUAGCUUAAAAGCGUCAACUCAGAGGGUCCACAGGAGCUCUGCAAGGCCGACUUGGCUCAAAGAGGUUAUUUCCCAAUGUUACUGAGCAUCCUCUUCUUACCCUUGUUCUUCUGAAUGAAUGAAGGCAUGAAUAAGUGAAGGCAUGGAUGAAUGGGUAGCUCAUCAAUGGCGAGAUAACCAUAAACAGAACUUGAAGGAAAUUCCUUAUACAGGAGCUUUUAAAGGUUUUUUACUUGUCCAAGGAAACUGAUAAUACAUAUUUCAUAUAUUUCACAAAUACAUGAAAACAUUCUUUUGAGCAUCUUGAGGAAGCACUGGGAGGGCCUGGCAUGGAGGUUAGGAGACCUGAUAGGCAGGAGAGUGAUAUUCACACUCCAGGGUUUCGAGGAGUGCAGGGCCCACGUCGAACUCAUUUGUGUCCAUCACGCUGGGCACCGGGUGGGGUUUCCGUGCUGGAUGCAUUCAAACCGCCCCAAGGGCCUGUGGAGCUUAGACCUUAAGAAACAAUUUACCAGCAUUUUUGUUCAUCUGGUUUGUUUGUGUUGUGCCUCCCCCAGCUGGUCUUCCUGGUGCUCAACCUGACUCACCUCUGUUUCCAAUUCUCUGGCAUGAUCGGGAUUUUGCUCUCCAAGUCAUGCAGGUAUCACAGAAAGCCCUUCCUUCCUCGGGAGCCCAUCUGGUCGCCCUCUCUCUUCAACCUCGCAGCUCGCUCUAGUUGGGGUGGGCCUCACCUGCUAUGUGGCCUCCGGCCACCUCGUUACUCUUGCUGAGGAGGUGACUGACUGAUUCCACAAAGGGUUAUGUCAAGGGUUUAUGGACCUCAGUCACAGGGUGUCAUGGAAUCAGAUAUGGCAGGUGUUCAAGUCAACCAAACAGGGGCCACGCACUGUGAUGCUGUCCAAGGGAAGACCUUGGCUCCGCCUGCACUGCAGCCUUCCCUUCUGACUCCACUUCUGUGGGUGCCUGCCCUGAGGGUUGUUAAACUGACCCCCGCAUAGAAACAGCCACAGGACUUGAGCUGGGACGUAAGCUAGAGCUGCCUCCCAGGUGCUGGAAGAAUGAGGUGUCCUCACAACAAAAAUGAGUGGUUUUCUACUGCUGGAGUAGGACACACAGACUGAGAGCAAUACAUGUGAGUGUGUGGAUGGGGAAAUGCAUAGGCUCUGGAGUCAGCUGACCCAGCCCCCAUAGUCCACGUGCCUUUGGGAAAGUUACUUAACCUUCUUCGAGCCUUCAUAAGGUGGGACCAUGAUACAUCAGGUUCUGUUAGGGUCUGAGCGUGUGUGUAUUUAUAUAUACACAGACACACACACAAAUCCUUGGCACAUGGUGAAUGUUCCAUAAAUGAUAAUUAUAAUAACGACAGUAAUUAAGACGUCUUUAUGGCAUCCCUCAGGUCAGGUAGAGGCAGGUAAGGGGCCCUCUUCACUCUGCACACAGGGGACUCUGCUGACUACCUGUCCAGUGAGGUAGCCACCAGCCACAGGAGGCUCUUGGUACUGGAAGUGUGGCUAGUCCAAAUGCAGAUGUGUCAAAAGUGUAAGAUACUCACUGGAUGUCGGACACUUACUAUGAAAGUUAAGAGUGUAAAAUAUCUCAUCCAUAACUUUUACACUUGAACAUAUGUUGAAGUGACAAUGUUUUAGAUAUAAUAAAGAAAAUAUAUUAUAAAAUAAAUUUCACCUGUUUAUCGUUACUUUUUAAAACGUGGCAACUGGAAAACUUUCUUUUCCACCUGUAGCAUGAAUGGUAUUUCUCUUGGUUAGUCUGGCUAGAGCCUGUCCCGCCGUUUUCCCCAGGCUGAGCCAUGCUGUUCACUCUGCGGGGAGCCAGGGUGUGCCAGCAGAGACAGCUUGUCUGGGUUCAGCUGUCAGAGGCCAUUGUUGACCUUGC